AUGAUGACGAAACAUAAUAAUGAAAGUAGAAUAUCAAUAGAUGGUCAAUUUAUAUGUCGUUCAUCCAAUCAAUCUUGUUCAUUUAUUUAUCAAUUACCUGAUGUUAUUUUACAACGUAAACGUGAUCGAAAAAUGCCAUAUGCAGAAACAUUUAAUGGUAUCAUACUUUUUGCUGAUGUAUCAGGUUUUACAGAAAUGUGUCAAAAAUAUAGUAGUGAUGUUCAACGUGGAGUUAAUCAAUUAGCUAAUGCACUUAAUGGUUAUAUGGCACCAAUUGUUGAAGCUAUAUUAAGAGAAAAAGGAGAUGUUUAUAAAUUUGCUGGUGAUGCUGUACUUGGUUUAUGGCCAUUUGAAAAUAAUUCUAUUGAACAUAAACGUGAACAAGCAAAAAGAGUGAUAUCUUGUGCUUUAUAUAUGAAAAAAUCAUUGUGUGAUUAUAUGACACCAAUUGGAACUGUUUUAAAUAUUAAAAGUGCGAUUGCAAUGGGUUCUUAUUCAAUUAUAUUUCUUCGUGGAACUACUUCAACUUGUUCAAAACUUCUUGAUGAAUAUGGAUUAAAAACACAAUCAUCAAUAAAAAAUACAAAUCCUUAUUCUGAAACUACAAAAAAAAUAAAUUCUGGAAAACAUCAAUCGACAAAUUAUAUAACUAAAACAGGAUUAACUGAAGAAAUGAUCGAACAUUGUCGAACUAAUCUUGUUAAUUAUUAUGUUUGUUAUGGUAGUGCUGUGGUUAGUGCUAGAAAUGCUGAACAUGAAUGUAAGUCACAAGAUAUUAUUGUGGAUAUGGCUACAUGGUUACUUCUUGAUUCAGAUUCAGAAUAUAUUCAUGAAAAAUUUACUGCUGAACAUGAUGAUGAAGAUAUUGAAAUUCUAUCACGUUCUUCAAAUCAUCAAAGUGAAAUGAUCGGUCAAGGUCCAUCAAAUACAAUUACAACAACCAUUAGUAAACGUCUUACACCACCCAAUAAAAAUCGUGAAAUUGUUCAGAUACGAAAAAUAGUUUCUCAUUAUAUUCGACUUCAUGGUCGUCGAAAUGAUAUUCCAAAAGAUAAUGAUUUAUCUGAUAGUUAUUCAAUUAUGUCAGCAGAUUCCAUUGAACCAAACGAUAGUAAUGAAAUGUUAAAAAAACCUAAAAUAUUCAAUCAAUAUAGCCCUAAACGAAUUUUUUUUAAUAUAAAGAAUACACCAAAAACAUCAUUAUUAGAUGUAGGUGAUACAGAUAUAAAAGAUUUUUUGUCCGCUUCACCAACGCCAAGUAGAAAACACAGACAUUCAAUUAGAAGAGUUGAUUUAACUGAAAAAGAAUCAAUGAAGCUUCGUCCAAGUGCUUUUUUAAAUUUUGAAGAAUAUGAUACAUUCGAUUUAAGUACAUUUAUUAUAAAGCCUGUACGGAAUCAAGAAUCUCUUGAUCAAUUAUCUGAACUUCGUCUAAUUAAUAUUUGUUUUAUUAAUAUUAUUUUAACUGAUUAUAAAAUUAAACACUUACCAUUUAAAUUACAAACUGUUAUUGAUUGUUGUGCUGAACAAAUUUCAAUUACAAAUGGUUUAUUAACGAAAAUUUUCAUGUUUGAUAAAGGUCUUAGUCUUUUAUGUGCUUUUGGAAUGCCUGGAUAUAAACAUCCAGAUGAUGCUGAACGAGCGUUAAAAUUUGGUUUUCUUAUAACUCAAAGAUUGGAAAAAUUAAAUUUUGUGGCACGAGUUAGUACUGGAGUUUCUACUGGACAAACAUUUUGUGGUGUGCUAGGACAUCCACUUCGAUGUGAAUAUACAGUCAUUGGUAGAAAAGUUAAUAUGGCUGCUCGUUUAAUGGUUAAUUAUCCUGGUAUAGUUUCAUGUGAUGAUGAAACUUAUCAUAAAGCUCAUCUUGAAGAACGUUAUUUUGAACUGUUACCUACCGUACCAUUAAAAGGUCUUACUGUUUCUACAAGUAUGCGCCGAUAUAAAGGACAAGAUGAUGAUCAAAAUAAUACAAGUGUAUUUGUAUUUCCAAUAAUAAAUCGUGAAGAUGAAUGGAAUAUAAUAUUGGAAUAUAUUGAAGAAGUUAUUAAACAUUCUUGCACAACAAUACAUUGUAUAUUUUUAACUGGUUCAACAGGUGUUGGUCGUUCACGACUACUUGCACAUAUUAAUGAAGAAUUAAUGUAUGAUAUACAAAAUAUACGUCGAGUUUCAUAUAAUGCUAGUUUUGAACAUGUACAAUUAUUUGGUUAUACACUUAAACAAUUAUUUAAAACAUUAUUAUAUACAGAAUUACAAGAAUCUGAUACACUUGUAAAAGUAUUAAAAUCACUUUUGCCAAAUCAUGAAAAAUAUUUAUAUUUAUUACGACCAUUUUUUGAUAAACUUAGUGUUGAUAGUGAUAAAUUAACAGGAAUUUUAAAAAGAAAAAUGCUUGAAGAAAUUAUUCGUGAACUUAUUAUUAAUGCAACAGAUCCAACUUAUGAAAUAUUUAAUUAUCAACCACAACCAACAGUUUUUAUUAUUGAUGAUGCUCAAUAUAUUGAUAAAGAAUCUUGGCAAUAUCUUAAUCUUCUUGGUUCAGCACCAACUUCUCUUCUUGUAAUGGCAAUGAGAGAUCCAACAUUAAGUGAUGAUGAACUUCAUACACGUAUGGUUACACUUCGAGAUUCACCAACAACAAAACAUAUUCAACUUAUGGGUCUUGAUAAUCGUUAUUUAUCUACACUUGCAUGUCAAGCUAUGUUUGUACAACGUAUUCCAAAAGAUCUUGAAAUAUUAAUUACACGAAAAUCAGACAAAGGUCAUCCACAAAAUGUUAUUCAAUUAUUAUCAGAUUUAUUAUCAAAUCAAAUAAUAAGAAUUGAAACAAUUAAUAAUGAUGAUGAUUUAAAUGAUGGAUAUAUUGAAGGUAUACAAAAAUAUUUAUGGAAACGUGUUGUAAAACAUGAUCCAGCAACAGGAAAUCUUAAAAUUUUAUUUGAAUAUGUUGAACCGCAAAUAUGUCGAAUAUGUGAUCCAGAUAGAAAUAAAUUUUGGACAUACACAACUGUUAUUGAAAAUAUAAACGCUCAUGUUAAAAUUGAUAAAUUACGAGAUAUUGAAAAACGUAUUGCAAAAAUAAGUUCAUUAUUUACAAAAAAUAUUUCAAAAAGAAUUAUUGUUCAUGCAAUAACAAAUUAUGAUAUUCACACAAAUGAAAUGUUAAAUAUACAUCAACACCAUUUAAAUAAUAAUAAAAAUCAUAUAGUUGGAUUCAAUGCUGACCUAUUGAAAAUUAACAGUGCGUUUUCUCAAUUAUAUCGUGCACAAAUAUUCGAAUGUGCUUGGCUUGAUUUUGAAGCAAGAAAAAAUUCUAAUAUUGCCAGACUAUUACAAGAAAAAAAUAUGACACCUAUAUGUUGUUGUCCAGAAAAUACAACAAAACAAAUAGAAAAUUGUCGUAUGUAUACUUUUAAAGAUCCAACAUUAAAAGAAGCAACACUUGCAACAAUAAUUGAUCAAUUUCAACAUGAUUAUUCAUCAAAAAUGGCUUUAUUUAUUGAAUCAAAAAAACAUUUAUGUAAAUCAUGCGGUGGUGAUUCAGAUUCAUUAAUUUUUUUAACACCUGUACAAAGUAUGAAAUUAGGUAUGUCUGUAUUAGAUACAUUUCAUGAAAGAAAAUUAAAACAAUUAAAUCAACGUUUACAAUAUAUGAUUUUAAAUCAUUUUUCAAUGCAACAAACCCAUAGUACAUUAAAUGAUGAAGAUAUACAAACUGAUGAUGAUCAAUUAUCUUUAAUUGAAUUAAGAAAAAAUUCUUUAUUUAAUAAUGAUAAUAGAAAAGAAAAUAAUUUAAUUCAAAAUUUUUAUCAAAACUUUUAUCAACAAGAAUUUAAUGAAAAAAGAAAAUAUUUUCAACAACUACGUAAUAAAAUAAAACAUGUUGAUCAUCUUACAAAAAAUACUAAACCAUCAUCGUCAUUUAGUCCAAUGGCUAUCGGAGGGCGUAAAGAUACAAUAGAAGGUGAAACAUAUGCAAAGAUUCCUUUUCAUUUACACGAAAAGAGUCUUAGUCAUGCUGAUAGUCCAAUAAGACCAAUCUAUCAAACGCAAUCAAGUACUGAAACAACACAAAGUGUGUCAAUGAAUGAUAAAAGAAAUAAUUUACCAAAAGAAUUUCAGAAAAUAUCUUCGAAAAAUAAUCAUUAUUAUGAAUCAAAUAUAGAUAUUAAUAAACAAAUAAAAAAUCGAUUUAGAUUAUUUACAAGACGCUUAUUUAAAUUUCGACGAAAAAAGUCUUUAAAUCGUAUUAAACUUUGUCAACAAUUACAAAAUUUUUAUCAAAAUAAUAAUCAUGUAACCAUUGAACAAGUUUCUAAAAUUACUAUUGAACAAAUUCUCAACUGUCAAUGGAUGCAAGCAUUUGAAAAUAAAAAAUCUGAGAAAAAUAUUUCAUUAAUAAUACCUAACAUUGAAGAAUCUACUUGUUCUUCAUUGAGUAUAAUAGAUGAAAAUAAAAAGCGAAUAUCAAAUCAUUUAAUCACUAUUUAUGGAUUGGAUCCAACAAUAGAAGAUUUAAAAUGUGAACUAAAACUAAAUUCAUCUCAUAUUGUUCAUGAUGUCAAUAAAAUUGCUUUGCAAGGUUAUACAAAUCAUUAUUCCUCAAAUCAAACUAAAUAUAUUCAUAUAAAAAAUUCAUCUUCUAAUUAUGAUUUAUUCCCAAAACAUUUUUCUCAUUCAGAAAUUCCUUUAAUGAAUAAUGCAAUUGAUGAUCAUUAUUUAAUAAAUCAAAGAAAAGAAACUAUUGAUGAAAAAGUACAUCUAUCUAAUAAACAAUCUCGAUCACCUAAUGAUGUCAAUCGAAAUAGUUUACGACAUUCACCUAAUGGAAAAAAUAAACGAUUGUUUACAAAAGAUAUUAUGUCUGAAGCUGAACAUCUUAUAAAAAAUUUACAUUUAUCGCGUCACACCGAUGGAUCUAUAACAUCUCAUGAUCAUGAAAGUAAUGAAAAAUCUUCAAAAAAAUUGUUCAUUAGUGAAGAAAUCUUAUCUAUCAAUGAACGUUUAUACAUGAAUUUUACUGAAACAUGUCCAUUAUUUUUAUUAAAAGAAGGCAUUGAUCAUCGUUUUGAAUUUCUUGAUUUUGCUCCUGAUUUAAACAUAAGACAACGAUUUCAUCCAAUACAUCAUGAUGAAUUUAUUUUAAAUAAUACUGAAACACAAAUUGAAACAAUCAAUAAUACAAAUAUAAUAAAUACACAAUUAUUUUCAAAUAAGACUCCACAAAAAAUUCAUCAAACAACUGAAAUUGAAUAUAAUCAACGUAAUUGUCGUUGUAAUUAUUUACUUGUGGAAAUCUAUCGUUUAUUAAUUAAAUUAUGGGAACAAUCAUCAAAUAUUGAAAAAGUUCUUUAUUAUUCAUUAGAAUUAGCACGUGUUGAAUUAACACGAACAAAUUAUUAUGAAUCAAAAAUAAUUUUACAAAAUAUUCUUGAACGAUUAGAAAAAGAACGGCAUUAUUUAAAUUUACCAUCUUUUUUUGAACCACAAAUUUAUGAUUUAUUAUCAGAAUCUGUUUAUCGAAUGCGUAAAAAUGAUGAAGCUUUUUUAUAUGUUGUUUAUGGUUUAAAAAUUUUAAAUGUUCAAUUAAUUGAUUUUCGUUCUCGUGAUUCAUUAAAAUUAAAAAGUCAAUGUAAACAAUUACGUCAUACACUUAUACGAACACUUAUACGAUCAACAAUAAAUAAAAAAUUAUCUGAUGAUGAAAUUAUUCAAAGAUAUUUUACAGGUAAAUUAUUAUUUCGUGCUGGACAAUGUGCUCGACGUCAUGGACAAUUAUUAUUUGCUUAUUUUUGUGUAUUAAAUGCAACAUUAUCAUUAAUUCAAUGUCAUUUUAUAUUAACAUCAUAUGAACAAUGUCAAUCAUUAACAUUACUUGCUGAAUUAUCACAUGAUCUUAAACGUAUGGAAGAUUGUGAUUUAUUUGUUCAAGCUAUUAUUAAAUAUAUUGAACCAAUUAAUAUUGGUUAUGAAACAAUUGCUAUUAAAUCAAAUUGGUUAUCAAUGACAUGGAAUUUAUAUCGAGGAAAAAUUGAUCGAGCUUUAAAUGAUUCAUAUAAAAUAAAAGAUUUAUUAAAUAAAAUUGGUGCUUAUGAAAAUCUUAUGUCAAUUGCAACUUAUAGUUUACAAGCAGCAUUAAUUGGUCGACGAGAAGAAGUUAUACGUGAUCUUAUUGAUAUUAUUGAUAAUGAAUCAAAUCGUCCAUUAAAAUAUGAAAAUCGUCUAUGGUCAUUUAUAUUAGCACUUGAAGCAUUUGUUGAACUUAAUAUCGAAUAUGAUGAAAAUUUAUUAAAUGAAAUUGCACUUGCUAUUGAUUAUGUUCUUGAACAUUUAGAAAAGAAAACAUCAACACCAGGAGAUAUUCAUAAAUUUUUAACAAUGGUUUUUUAUGCACAAGCUACUUUAGUCGAAUGUUAUACAAAAAUUGUUAAAUUGGAUAAAGCAAAUCAGCAUUAUAUGCGUGCAAUUAAAUUUGGUAUGUCAUUAAAAGAAUGGACAUUUCGUGUUUGUAAUGGUAUGCUUAAAUUAGCAAUAUAUGAAAUAUAUGAAUGUACAAAAUGGCUUAUUGAAACUCGUAUAUCAAUACUUCCAAAUGAAAUUCAUGAACGUUUAAUUAUAACUCAUAUGUAUGAUAUAAGUAAACAUUUUAAAUUAUUACGACCACGUUAUUUAAUGUGUUUGGCUCUUAAACUUUUAAUAACUGGUUAUCAACGUUCAGCUAAAACUCAAUUUGCUAAUGCUAUUCGUCUAGCUAAUGAUCUUGAAUUAGAUUCAGAAAGAAAACAUAUUGAAAUGACACGAAAACAAAUAUUUAAAGUAAUUACAAAGAAAAAAACAAAAAUGAUUAACAAAACAAAACAAAAACGAACAAAGAAUUAA